GCUUCACGCGCCAGCUUCGGCCUUAGCCCCGAGCGGCGGGGUGCGGCCGAGCCAUGGAGAGCAGCGACGAGGAGUCCGUGGACAGGCGCCGCGUGCACCUGCGCCCUUUUACGCUGCGCAGUCCCGCCCCCGUCACGCUGCACCUUCUGCCCUGCGAGGUCCCGGUUAGCCGGCCCGCCCCGGUGGGGCGCUUCUUCACCCCAGCCAUCCGCCAGGGUCCCUACGGGCUGGAAGCGUCCUUCCGGGGCCGCAGUCUGCGCGGCGAGGAGGUGGCGGUGCCGCCCGGCCUUGUGGGAUACGUGAUGACAGAAGAGCAGGGAGAGGUGUCGGUGGGGAAGCAGGACUUCUCGGAGGGGUCGGAGGAGGACCACGAGCUAGAGGAGCAGGAAGUGAUGGAAUCCCCGGAGACGCUGGAGCGGGACUUCGACCGCUUUAUCGGCGCCACAGCCAGUUUCAGCAGCUUCACCCUGUGGGGCCUGGAGACUAUCCCUGGUCCGGAUUCCAAAGUGCGUGGGGCCCUAACCUGGCCCAGCCUUGCUGCAGCGAUUCACGCACAGGUACCAGAGGACUGAAAACCAGACCUUGAAAUUGAAAGCCACUGAUCCCUUCACUCCAGUGAACCCCUUCACUUUGGGAGCCUUCGUCACCCCAAUAAAGGCGCUCUUCACAGAA